CGCCUCUUCCGCCGAGCACGGAUGGAAUGGAAGCAAGGGGCGGGGCUUGGUUUGUAGCGGAGGCGUGGCUUCGUGGGCUUCCACGGCCGAGCUGAAAGAAAGUGGAAAGUGGGAGAAAUACCUGCAUGGACACUCUGCCAUAAGUUGCGGCCACCUCAUCUCUCCCUGCCUUGACUCUCCUACCCGUCCUCCUCUCCCGCCCCUCCUCCUCCUCCUCAUCGCUGUAGCCUAUACCCGGCCCCCCGCCCCCCAGACCCACCCUCUACCUCCUUCUCCUUUGCCCCCCUUUCCAGCCUCCAAGAUAGAUUCCCUCAGGAGCAAGGUUGACCUGCUCAAGCUGCCCUUGGCCCUCUCCACCAAGUCCAUCUCCGAGCACAAGAGCCAGCUGCGAGGCGUCGGCAAGCAGUGCGGUACGGGGGGAGGAGGAGGAGGCGGGGCCCACAAAGCCCGCUCAGCGCCAACCCGCGACAUGGAUAACGAGUCGCAGUACUCGGGAUACUCGUACAAGUCGUCGCACUCGCGCAGCUCUCGCAAACACAGGGAACGGAGAGACCGCCAUCGUUCCAAAAGCAGAGACGGGAGCAGCCGCGGAGACAAAUCAGUGACCAUCCAGACGCCUGGAGAGCCGCUACUCGAUGCAGAGUCGACCCGCGGAGAAGACAGGGAUGACAACUGGGGUGAGACCACCACGGUGGUCACGGGGACGUCAGAGCACAGCAUUUCCAAUGAAGACCUAACCCGCGUCACCAAAGACUUAGAGGAGUCGACCCCUCUGGAAUGCAAGCGCUUCGUGGGUCCGGCGCUAGGCGGCCUCUUGAGCUUCUUCGCCCUCGUCACGCCGUUGGCCUUCCUCAUUCUGCCACAGGUGCUGUGGCGUGACGCUUUGGAGCCGUGCGGCACGCCUUGUGAGGGCCUUUACGUGUCUCUGGCUUUCAAACUCCUUGUCCUGCUCAUCUCCUCCUGGGCCCUUUUCCUGCGGCCGCCUCGUGCCACCCUGCCACGUUUUUUUGUCUUCCGCUGCCUGUUGAUGGUGCUGGUAUUUCUCUUCGUGGCGUCCUACUGGCUCUUCUACGGCGUGCGUGUGCUGGAGCCCCGCGAGCGUGACUACAGGGGCAUCGUGGAAUAUGCAGCCUCGCUGGUGGACGCCCUGCUCUUCAUCCAGUACUUGGCGCUGGUGCUGCUGGAGGUCCGACACCUGCAGCCCGCUUUUUGCCUGAAGGUGGUGCGCAGCACUGAUGGAGCCAGCCGCUUCUACAACGUGGGUCACCUCAGUAUUCAGCGGGCGGCCGUCUGGGUCUUGGACCAUUACUACAACGAUUUUCCUGUCUACAACCCAGCCCUCGUCAACCUGCCCAAGUCCAUUCUGUCCAAGAAGAUGACUGGCUUCAAAGUUUAUUCUCUGGAUGAAAACCCCACCAAUAACUCCACGGGCCAAUCACGGGCUAUGAUCGCCGCCGCUGCCAGGAGGCGAGACAACUCCCACAACGAGUUUUAUUACGAGGAGGCUGAAAUGGACCGGAGGAUCCGCAAACGCAAAGCCAGGUUGGUGGUGGCGGUAGAAGAGGCCUUCACGCACAUCAAGCGUCUCCAUGAGGAGGAGGUGGCCUCCUCCCCCAAGCACCCCCGCGAAGUGAUGGACCCCCGGGAGGCGGCGCAAGCCAUCUUUGCCCCAAUGGCGCGGGCCAUGCAGAAGUACCUGAGGACCACACGCCAGCAGGCCUUUCACAGCAUGGAGAGCAUCCUCACUCACCUGCAGUUCUGCAUCACGCACAACAUGGCACCCAAGGCUUUCCUGGAGCGUUACCUCAGCCCGGGGCCCACCAUGCAGUACCAGCAGCACAACGGCAGGGGGCGGCAGUGGACCCUGGUGAGCGAGGAGCCGGUGACCUCCGCCCUGCGCCAAGGUCUCGUCUUUUCCCUGCGGCGGAUGGACUUUUCACUGGUGGUCACGGUCACGCCCCUCCCCUUCCUGCGCCUCAGCGAGGAGUUCAUCGACCCCAAGAGCCACAAGUUUGUCAUGCGGCUGCAGUCCGAGACGUCCGUGUGAAAUAUCCAACCCCCCCCUCACGUGUGGGACCAUCGACUGUCCUGCCACAUUUGAAUCAGCUCAAUGAUUGUCCACAACGCCGAUGCCUUGACUUGUUUAUUCCUGAGCUGCCAAUUCAGUUUUUAUGAGGGCACCUUUUGGGUCAUUUUGUUGUAACCACUGAACUUCAGGAGGUGGCGUGUUCUCAUCCUGCAAACUUUGUGGCCCGCUGACCACCUGGUGUUUUCUUGUCAAGUCCUCCCAGACAGAAUGUAGCGUCAUGUACUCAAGGAGACUUUCUCAGAAUGUGAUCUUCAUACUUUAACUUCUUGACAAACACAGAGUUGUAACCCCGAUGCUACUUUGCAGCUUGGUACUAACAUGAAACCUUUUCAGGGCUUUUUGUUGUCAGAAAUUCUCCUAAAAACAGUAAAAAGCAACAAUCUGACACUGCCUUGUAUAGCUUUAAUAACAAAUCACUAUGUAAUACAAAAGUUGAAUUAGUUUAUACUUUUUUUAUUUUUUUUUAAGGUUCCUAGCUCCUUUUAACCGACAACAUUUUCUGCUUCUGAAUAAGUGCUUGCAAAAUGAGUUGUUCUCUGUUUUGUAGGCUUUCCACUUUUCUUUUCAUAGCUAAUUUAUUCUGCUGUUAAUGUCACCAUGCAGAAGAUUCAUCAAUCAGAUUGACAGCCAUCGUCUUGCUCUUAGUGAAAAUGUUUUUAUGACUGGACGCUAGCUUUUUCUGUCUGCUUCAAAAAGAAAAAAACGCCAAGACUGGAAGCAGACUAGCGCCUGCUUGCCGCCACCACAGCCUUAACGAGUGUUCACGUCCAGUGAACUUUGGAAAUGUCCGUCAUGUUUCCAAGAAAACAUCAAACCCACAGGACGUAUCCAUGUUUCAAUGAAAGUAUGCACGGCGAGACUUACUUAGGGCUCUUCUUUUAUAUGAUAACUUGUGUUCUAUCAUUGUCUUUUUUAAGCCACCUAAGUUAUGAUGCAAUUUCUCUUCUGAAUGUGUUCACCUUUUUCAAGUUACCUGUACAAAACAAUGUAGAUUGGUCUCAUGUAUUUUCUUGCCUUUUGUUAACUAUCUAGCUUGUAUAGCGUGUUAGGUAUUUUUCCAUUAUUAAAAGCGUUAUUCCUUACAAAGUC